AAAAAAAGCAACAAAGAAAAAAUAAGCUAAAAUAGAAACGCUACAGAUAAUAAUUAAUACGCACACACCUAGCCAUAGACAACAUAUAGACUUUAAAAUUCAAUUUAACCUAACAAAAAGAAGAAGCAGAACAGCGGCAGUUAAAACAGCGAAAAAAAAAAACAGCUACAAUAACAACAUAUCAAUUAGCGACUGACGGUGACCUUGUUGUUGUAACAGCGAACGCAAAUAGUAAGCAAGUGCAUUGCCGUUGUCUGAUUGCAAAAGAGACAGAGAGCAAGAGCGAGUGAGAGCGGCAUAGCAACAGAGCCCAUAAGCUUCCUUGUAAGAAGAGCGACGGCAACAACAAUAACACAGCGCUGCAUCGAGUUGUGCAAUAAAAAUAAUAAAAGACGAGCACAGCAAAGGAAAAGAGAAGAAAAGUAACAGCUGUUCCCGUUUUGUGGCUGAUUGUUAAAUUACAUAUUUAAAAUGAGCAUAUUACUGCGUCGUAAUUCGAGCCAGCUGCGCUUGCUGCAGCGCCUGGGCGCAACGUCAACCGAAAUCACGCGGCUCGCCUCAGAUAACAAUACAACUGCAUCUACUACAUCUACUACUACUACAACAACAACAACACCAACACCAACGACUGCAACAAAAACAUCGUCGUCGACUGGCAAAAGGGUCGCAGCUGUGGCCGAUGCUGAUAUCAAGAAAUCUGUUUUCAUCUCCCAAUCGAAUGACAUUUACACGAAUCUAGCUCUCGAGGAUUGGCUCUAUAGGAACUUUGACUUUAGCCAUCAUCAUGUCUUGCUGCUGUGGGCCAAUCAGCCAUGCGUCGUCAUUGGCCGUCAUCAGAAUCCCUUCACCGAGGCGAACGUCUCCAGGCUAAUGGAACGCGGCAUUACGCUCGCACGUCGCAACAGCGGCGGCGGCGCGGUCUACCAUGAUCCGGGUAACCUCAACUGCACGUUUUUUACGCCCCGCGAGCGCUACGAUCGCAAAUACAAUCUGAACAUUGUGACGCGCUCGCUGUUCCGCGAGUGGGCCAUCAAGGCGGAGAUCAACGAUCGCGAUGAUAUUGUUAUCGCCAACAAAAAGAUUUCGGGCACGGCUGCAAAAUUGGGUCGUCCCAAUGCUUAUCAUCAUUGCACCAUUUUGGCCACGGCCAACAAGUUGCAUCUGAGCGAGUCGCUGGUUAAGGAGAAGGUCAAUUAUAUUAGCCGCGCCACGGCAUCGGUGCCAUCGCCCAUACGCAAUCUGGCCGAUGUGAAUCGGAACGUGAAUGUGCAGCAGCUGCUCUCGGCCGUGGGCUAUGAGUAUUUGCGGACCGCAGCAACGUCCCUGGAGGAUGGCGGCAGCACGCAGACAAUGAACCAGCGUGGCUUUCAGCUGAUCAAUCCCACAGAGAAAUGGUUCCCCGGCAUCAACGAGUUGCGUGCCAACUUUAGCUCAUGGGAUUGGGUCAUUGGCAAGACACCGAAGUUUACUGUCGAGAAGGAGCUCGAGCUGAAGGGCAAUGAGAGUGGCAUGAAGCUCAAGCUAAAUGUCGAAGUGGAAGCUGGUCUGAUGACUAAAAUCUCUCUUCAGUUGCCGCAAAGCGAACAGCUGGUCCCGGUGGUUACUCCGCUCCAGGGCCAGGCAUACAAUGAGCAGAACCUGAACGGCAUCAUGGACGCCCUCAAGUUGGUCUCCACCUCGAAUGUGCAGCAGGCGAUGAACGGCUCGAUUUGAUAUUUGAUCUGCUAAUCCCAUACAUUUGAUGCCUUUGUUUUUGGCCUUUUUAUUAUAUAGUUGCAACUUUGCUUUAUAUACACAUUAUGAUCUAUAACUGAUCUAAAUACCUGAACUAACAUAGCACGUAAGCACAUUAACAACUUCUAUAAAUAUUCAACACAUUUUAUAUCAAUUUGCAAUAAAUGCUCUAAAUCAAAUGUA